UGUCUUGUUUACUUUUGGGUUAUCUUAAUUUUGUCACAGUGAAAAAGGUGAAUUCGCAGCCCACCUCUCUAAGCAAAGCAAAUGCCUCACUGCGUUUUGUUCUUCCUUGCUUUGCUCCAUAAAUUUAUAAUUCAUCAGCAGGGUGAAAUAAAGAUUGAAUUUUUAACCAUCCAAUGCUCAAUUCUUGAAUAUCUGUGGUCGCAUUUCUCUUUCUUCAUUUAAUUUUCCCACAAUUUUUUCUUUGGCCACACUGACACAUCUCAUUUUCAUACGAAAAAGUCGUCAGCUUUAGUUUUUUCUGGUUACGAACAUCAAUUAAAGCUCUGAAAAGACAAAGCUGCGCUUCAUUCCCUUCGUAGCUCAUCAUUUAAUUUAAACCACAAUGGGGUUGUAGUUAUUUAUGCAAGAUUUCAGUGGGUUUUUAACAGUAUCAUUGUUUAUAGGAUCUGUUUAAGUUAUCCGAUUUCUGUCAUAAUUUGGAUUGUUGGAAAAGCUUAGGCAUUGUUUGGAUGAUGUGAUAUAGGAGAGAUGAAUAGUGGUGAGAGGUUGAUUGAUGAUAAGAAGGCAUUUGGGAAGGUAGAGAAAUCAAAAGGGGAAGUAGUAAACUCAAACCCAACAAAUAAUGCUCUUGCUAUUCAACCCAAGAGAAGGUGUGCUUGGGCUGUUUCUCUUAACACCGAUCCAUCUUAUGUCGCGUUUCAUGAUGAAGAAUGGGGAGUCCCGGCACACGAUGACAAAAAAUUGUUCGAACUUCUUGUCCUUUCCAGCGCGUUGGCUGAGCUUGCAUGGCCUGCUAUUCUGAGAAAAAGGCACAUAUUUAGACAAGUGUUUGCUGAUUUUGAUCCAAUAGCUGUUGCAAAACUGAGCGACAAAACGAUAACAACACCCGGAAGCCUCGCCACUUCACUGCUAUCAGAGCUCAAGCUGCGAUCCAUCACUCAAAAUGCUCGUCAAGUUUUAAAGGUGAUUGAUGAAUUUGGGUCGUUGGACAAGUACAUGUGGAGCUUCGUGAAGCAUAAGCCGAUAGUCAGCAGCUUUCGUCACGGCCGCCAAGUGCCGGUGAAGAGCCCCAGGGCGGAGCUCAUAAGCAAGGACCUAGUCAGGAGAGGCUUCCGGGGCGUGGGGCCCACGGUCGUCUACGCCUUCAUGCAGGUCGCCGGCCUUACCAAUGACCACCUCAUCACUUGCUUUAGAUUCCAUCACUUGUACCACACCUGAACCAGAGGAAAUCACACAUUUGAAUAUCACUUCAUCACUUUGUAUUUAACCUAAACCUUCUUGCUAGCUUUUUUACUACACACACACAUAUAUAUACGUAUAUGUAUGUGUGUGUCUACCUAGCUAGGUUAUGAUCAAGGGCAUAUUUAAGAUUUGUCAUUAGGGGUUUCAAUUUAUUGAAGUAUGGCAUCCGAAAAUAUUUGCACAGGGGCCGGGAGCUCCGGAGCCA